UUUUAGUACGAAUUGUACUUUGAAGCGAAUCGGAGGUGCUGAGCGGGUCUAAAAUACCAAAACCUACUACAUACCGAUCGACCGGAGCAACAAAAAAAUAUUGACAAAUAAUCACUUCAUUUUUGUGUGCUGUAAAGUUGUAAAAUUGUGAAAUUGUAAUUGCAGAAAGCAUUAAAAGAAAAUCAAUUCGCAGAGCGGCAAGCAAUUAAAUUUGUGUGCGCGAAAGCAAAGAAAUUCUGCAUUUUGUGGGGAAAAAGUGGCGUUAGCCGAAGUCAAGCAGCUAAGUAAAAAGCAAGUGCAACAACAAGUGCGUGCAGCAAAGUCAUUUUGAGUUGUAGAAGCAGCAGAAAAAGUAAAAAUCUGAAAAAUAAAAUUGCAAUAAAAUUCCUAGUAAAGCGCUGCAAGCUGGAGAAUAAAAAAGCUGCAAACCUCGAAGUUUAUGAAGACAGCAAAAACACCACCAAACACUUGAAACCACCACUAACAGCAGGAAGAAACAAUUUACAACAAAUAACAAUAAUAACAACAACUAGCAACAGUGUAGAGACACAUACAUAUAUACUCUUAAGUAGAUACACAUAGUUAAACACACAUACAUAUAUAUUUAUGUAUAUACACAAUUGUAUAUACAACAGAGCGACUAACAAAAAAACUUUAAAACUCUAUAAAAAAUAAUUAAAGAAAUCUAAAAACACUCACAGCCAUACACACAUGCAUACAGACAAAAACACACAAAACAUUUGUAAAAAGCAAACCCAGAAAAACUAGCUGAGCAGCAAUAACAAUAACAACAACACACACAUACACGCCAAAAAGUGCAGUAAGAAAGCGGAAAAUUUUUGUGCAAAGUUGAGAAAAUUUGCGAAAGUUCGAAAAUAUCGAAAAGUUGUGUGAAUCCAAAGUCAAAAUCGUGAAAAUUUUGCAAAAAAAUUUUAAAAAUUCCUACGAAAAGUGUGUGUUUGUAUGCAUUGAAGCGUGUGAAAUUCUUAUCAAAAAGCCAGCAGCAUCAAUUACAACAACAAAAUUCUAAAAUAAAAUUUCCGCCUCCUCAGCCCCCCGCUCCAACACAGUAGUACGUCGGUUAAUGUGUGUGUAUUUGUGUUAGCUCGCUUACUUCGUACAUACUCGUACGUGAAUGUGUGUCUCUAAGCCGAAGUUGGCAAAUAAUCGUGUUUGUGUUUGUAACGCCGAAAGCGAAAACUAAACUAAAAAACAAAAACAAAAAGAAUUGGAAAAUUGCAUGAGAAGCUGUGCAGCGCACCUGCAGUCAUCGUUGAAGUCUUCAAACUUGAAGUUGCGUUUUUGUUCGAGCUCGAAAGUCGAGCGCUUUAGUGCAAUUGUUGUUUAUGCAUAUGUGCGCCAAACACGCUAAUCAAUCAGCUACAGCUAAGAAAAUAUACAUAAAUUAAAAACUGUCUAAACGAGCGUCCGUCGGUAAAGUGAAAGUGCAAGAACGUAAAAUUGCAGCAGCUAGCCAACAGCCAAGUGGAGCAGCGACGACAGUUGAGGAAGCCGCGCUUUGUACGCUGAUUCGAAUAAGCAAACAACGGUGGCACUAGCUAACAACAGCAAGCAAACCAAUACCAGAUACCAACCGACCUGUUAUACUAACGACAAAAGCGUACGCGACAAGCAAAAGAACCAAGUGCUGAAAUUGCAUGUAAAAACGUAGACAACGAAGUAGAAGACGCUCAGAAAAGCAGUUGGAAUAAACCGAAGAUCUCGCAUAUAAAAGUGGAAAAUUUCGUGUGUGAAAUAUUUUCAGAAAUUUAAAGAAAAGCAAGCGUUGCCAAAAUAAGUGCACGCUGCGCCAGAAAGAAGAAAGCAAAGCCACAAAGAAGCAGAAUCAGCAACGCCAGCUUCUUUAUCCAGUAAAGAGUGGAAGCUCGAUAGCCAAACAUUUAGGCCGUCAGCCAGUGAGGAUUAUAAAGCUAAAGCCAAUUAAUCCCUUUGCUUAAGCCGCGCCGCAUCUCGCGCAGCGUCUACCCUCGACAACUCUCUAGUACUUUUCGCAGUCGCGUUGUAUCGCGUUCAGCAGUAGCGCUGGAAUACUUUAUUUCACCCCCCGGUCCAAUAAACGUCGCCAAAAUAAUUCACCAACAAACCAUCACCGACAUCAACUUCGCAACGGCGACCACAAUGCCAUAUAACGGCGCCAGCAAUGGCAGCGGUGGUGGCGGCGGCGGAGGUGGUGGCGGUAUAAGUGAUGGACCGCAAAAUAAGAAGAUACGCACCGGUGUACAACAGCCGGGCGAAGCGGAUGCACAUCUGCAUGCAAGGGCGGUCGUACAACAGAGCCAGCAACAGGCUUUACUCAACAAAUCCAAUGAUGAUCUGCGACGGAAACGCCCGGAAACUACGCGGCCAAAUCACAUUCUACUCUUCACCAUCAUAAAUCCAUUUUAUCCCAUCACAGUGGACGUUUUGCACAAAAUCUGCCAUCCCCAUGGCCAGGUGCUGCGCAUUGUCAUUUUCAAGAAGAAUGGCGUGCAGGCUAUGGUGGAAUUUGAUAGUCUUGAGGCGGCAACAAGAGCACGUGAGAAUUUAAAUGGUGCCGAUAUAUAUUCGGGCUGCUGCACUUUGAAAAUUGACUAUGCUAAGCCAGAGAAAUUGAAUGUUUACAAAAAUGAACCAGACACCAGCUGGGACUAUACACUUACCGCCGUUAAGGAGAUUGGAAACGGUCGAUCACCGCUGCUACAAGAGCCGCUCUAUGGAACACGCCCACAACCCUACAGUAAGUUUCAGCAAAAUAGUUUCAUAACUACCACCACAAAUAGUACUAUUGGCCUCAUAUCCACACCAACCAAUUUUUGUCAAUUUAAAGAGCCACCACUGUUGGGGCCGGGCGCCGCAUUCCCACCAUUUGGCGCAGCGGAAUUCCAUCCCACCACACCGGAAAAUUGGAAGGGCGCCACCAUACAUCCGACCGGACUGAUGAAGGAGCCCGCCGUCGUGCCGGGACGCAAUGCACCGGUCACAUUCGCUACACAGGCACAAGGACAGGACAUUAUACCUUCUCUCCAGGGUGCUGUCAUGAUGGUUUAUGGCUUGGAUCACGACACAUCGAACACAGAUAAAUUAUUCAAUUUGGUCUGCUUAUACGGCAAUGUUGCAAGGAUUAAAUUCCUGAAAACCAAAGAGGGCACCGCUAUGGUACAAAUGGGCGAUUCCGUCGCCGUUGAACGCUGUGUCCAACAUUUGAACAACAUUCCCGUCGGCAAUGGUGGCAAAAUCCAGAUUGCCUUCUCCAAACAGAAUUUCCUUUCCGAAGUUAUAAAUCCAUUUUUAUUACCCGAUCAUACACCCAGUUUUAAAGAGUAUACCGGCUCAAAGAAUAAUCGCUUCCUGUCGCCAGCACAGGCAAGCAAAAAUCGCAUACAACCACCGAGCAAGAUACUGCACUUUUUCAACACACCGCCUGGCUUAACCGAAGACCAGCUCAUAGGCAUUUUUAAUAUCAAAGAAGUGCCCGCCACAUCGGUGCGAUUAUUCCCACUCAAAACGGAGCGUUCCUCAUCGGGCCUAAUUGAGUUCCCCAAUAUUUCACAGGCCGUUUUGGCCAUCAUGAAGUGCAAUCAUCUGCCAAUUGAGGGUAAAGGUACCAAAUUCCCCUUCAUCAUGAAACUCUGCUUCUCAUCGUCGAAGAGCAUGAAUGGCGCAUGGAAUAAUGCCACCAAUGAGGGUAUGAUCGAGAAAGAGAAUGAAGUGGAAGUGAAGCAGGAUGUAUAUAAUUGAGAUUUAAUACAAAUUCUCUAAGCUUAAAAAACAACAACAGCAACAACUGCAUUAAAAUAACACAACACAACAAACAACAUGCAUAUAAUAACUAAUUUAAAAUAGAGAAAAGCGAGGACAACAGUAAAUAAAAUGGCGAAACAAAAAACCAAAUACAACAACAACAAUUUACAAGCAAAAUAAACUUAAAAUGCUACGCUGCGCGUGAGAGAGAGUGUAGUGUGUGGAGUGCACGGCGUGCAGCAUAACGGAUUUUUUCUUUUCAAAUCUUUUGCUAUUUUCCCGUAAUGACAAGCAGACAGCAAGAACAACAACAACAAACAACUAAACAAAAAAUCAAAGGCACUUAUUUUUCUAGUAGCAUAAUUCGUUGGUAUUCAAAUGAGAGACAAUUUAUUAUAAACUAUUAUUAUUAAUUAAUUAAUUAAUUAAAUUAAUUAUUACGAUUUAUUAUUAUUACAAAUUUACUUACGACUUAGCUACAUACAUAUUAUAUAAUAUUUACUUAAUUUACGCGCAUUUCAUUUACGUUUUCUCGGUUUUGUUAUUCCAAACACACAAACACAUUUAUUUUGCAUUAAAAAAUAUUUCGACGAAUUUCGACUGGAACAACAAUGUUCAUCUUAAUUAAUUAACUUACUAUGUAGACAUACAUAAAUACACAUACAAGCUGAAUUGUAUUUUAUAUGCAGAAAAUAUGUCAAAAAAGCGAAGUAUGUGUGACGCAAGUGAAAUGAAAGCUUGUGUGCGCGCCUAAAAGUAUGCUUGCAGUAGCAGCAAAUUAUCAUUUGACUUGUUGUUGUUAACUACUAAUGUAUUUAAAAUUUAGUUCUUUAUUUUACUAUUACUCACAAUUAUAUUUUCAUUUGUUGCAUUGCAUUACACACACACACCCCUACUUAUUAUACAUAAAUCAUUAUUAUAAUUAUAUUAUAUAACAUUUUAUGAUUUAUUUUUUUUACAAAUAAUUUCGCACCAAAAUCAUUCGCUUGUUGAAUUUGUAAAUUGAAAUUGAGUGGACAUUAGUUUUAAAUAAAUUAUAAAUAAUUAUAAACAAUUAUAAAUAAUUAAAAGAAAUUAUAAAAAAAUUUAAAAAUAUUGACAAAUAAAAUUUAAAAAACAAACUUAGCAAAAAAACCGGCAUAUUUGCAAGUAGUAAACGCUAAAGAGUACUGCGUGAACUUGGCUAAUGCAAAACUGCAUUAGGCAAAAUAGAAAAACAAAAAAAAAUAUUUGAUUUGACAAUAUUGAGCAACAGCAAGAGAGAGCAAAUAAGUACAUACAUAAAUAUUAGUGCAAAAGCGAAAACGAAAAAAAAGCUAGAGGAAAAUUUGAAAGAUUUCAUAAAUAAAAAAAUAUUUGCAAAAAAUAAAAUAUGCAAAGAGCCAGCAAUUUUUAUUGAGAAAUGAAUAGAAAUCAAUUGAGAAAUGAAUAGAAAUCAUAGCAAGCAAAGCAAGUGCGCAAAAGAAAACGAAGAGAAAAGUAUAUAAACGCGCUCACACAUGCCAAACUCCACGAAAUAUUUGUGCUUGUAUGUAGCUGGCUACAUAUCCUGGCCCAAAAAAGGUCGUAAAAACACACACACAGCUACAUGCAUACAUAUAAUACAUACAUACAACAAUAACAACAAACAAAAAAAUUAAAAAAUUAAAAUAAAAAAUAAAUAAGCGAGUUGCGGCAUGUGCGAGCGCAAACAAUAUGUUAGUACAUAUUAAAUAGUAAAACAACAAAAAUAAACAUAAAAACAAAACAGAAGUAAGAUGAAACUACUGUGUAUUAGUUUAGCAGAAUUGUGUGCAAUUUGAAUUGAAUUUAAAAAUUCAGUUAGUAGUAGUUGAAAAAAAAAACAGAAAAGUAAAAAUAAAAACAAAAACAAAAAUUUAAAUGGAAUAAAUAUAAUUUAAAAUAUUUAAAAUAAAAAAAAAAUUUUAAAUUAAUAUAAAAUUAUUUUAAAUAAUAUAAAAUAAUUUAAAAUAAAAAAUAUAUAAUUUAAAUUAAAAUAAAACAACAAAAAAUAUUUAAAUUUAUAUCAAAUAUUUUAAAAUAAAAAACUAUAAUUAUAAUUUAUUCAAAAUAAUUUAAAGUAAAAUAUAAUUAUUUAGAGUAAAAAAAAAAUACUUUUAAAUACAGCAACAAGCAAAGGCUACAAAGGUGUAGGCGUAGCUGAGAACGCAAACUGCUUGUAGCCAGGGAAAAAGCUAAAAUAAAAUUAAAAAAAAAACACAUAUGUAUAUACACAUACAUGCAUAUAGAAGUACACACAUGUGUGUAAAUAAUAAUGACGAUCGUUGAUGAUGAUGAUGACGAUGUUGGAGUGGGAGUAACACUGUGUUGCACAAGCUGAAAUCUACAAAACAAACAAAAGACAUUAUUUUGUUAUAAUAUUAAUUUUUAAAACAAUUUCUUAUUAUUAACUACUAAUAAUUAAUUAUAUACAAGAACAACAACAACAAAAGCAAAUAAAAAAAAAUAAAAUGAAAUGCUAAGUGGUUAAGCGCUAUAUACAUAAAAGCAACAUACUAAUUUAAUAUAAAUUAAUUGAAAUUUAUUUAAAAGUAAUUUAAAUGCAAAUAAAAACAAAAAAACACAUUUUUUUUAAAUAACUGUACUUGUAUGGAAUAUGAGCAAAAGCUAUUAUUACAUAUUAUAAUAUUAUAAAGAAAUAAUUAUUCUUAAUUAAUAAAAUGAAAAACAAAAUUAUUAAAUUAAUUAUGACCAAUUUGAGUAUGAGUACUAUGCUUACUAUUUAUAUACAUAUAUAUUGAUACAAAUAUAUAUAUGCAUACUAGUGUAUAUAUACACAUAUAAUUUUAAAUUUGUAUGUACAUGUAUUUAAAAGAAGCCAGCAAAAGCAAAAGCAGCAGAAGAUUUAAACAAAACUACCAUUUCAUGUAUGUAUUAAAAAAAUAGAGAGAGGGAAAAUGAGCGAGGUUUUGGGUGGGGAAGAGAGCCAGCGAAGUCUAGAAGUGAAAAAAAUGUAGAAAAUAAAUGAUAGGCACGGAAAAGGCAAGUGUAAAUUAAAAGAAACAAAUGUAAGGCAGAGGAAAGUGUGUGCAAGUUGGAAGAAGAAUAAGAGAUGAGAGAUAAUAUGCACGAAGACAAUGACAACAACUAAAUGAAUCUAUGAAAUUUCCAACAGCAAGACAUUAUUAGUUGAGAGAGCGAAAAGAGGAUAUGAAAUGUGCAAGACAUGCCAAUAAAUGUGUGAAAAUUUAAUUUUCAGAAAAUAAAUUAAUAUUCAAUUGGUCGAGUUGGUAAAAAUAUUCAAUGUGGAUUCUUUGAAAGCUGUUCCGACACUCGAUAAGUAGCAAUUAUAAUAAUCAUGAAGCCAUUAGGCCUGGGAGCAAUAUUAAUCAACGUUGAAAUAUUUAAAAGCUAAUAAUUUUCCGCCAAAGCUUUCAAGGUUAGCAAAUCAAACGGAAGCUUUUAAAACCUUUCGCUACUCAAAGCUAAAGCUAAUUUUUAAUCAAGAGACCCCAGAAAAGCUCUGUCAAGUUUAAAACAACCAUAAAUAUGUUCACAAUACAAUUCGAAUACUUAUUUUGGAGCUGAGCUUUCACUAAUGAAAUGAGAAAACUAAGCUCACAUUUUCAAUUAUGAAUACUGUGUAUAUUUUUAUUAUUCACAAGUUUGCAAAGACUAUUUCAUACAAUCGAUCGAGCUUUCGUCAACAAAAGCUUUGAAGGUGUCAUAUAUAAAGCUUUCAUAUUAAGUUUUCAUAUUAAGUUCUCUCUUUUGAAAAGCUUGGUUUGCAUAAGGUUUCCAUUUGUUUUUAGCUGAAAUGGCACUGAGACUAAAAGCUUUCAGUAAAAAUCAUUUUGUUAGUUUCAUCAAAAUUCAAAAUCCAAGGUAAAGUCAACAUUAAUGUUGGGCUUUGGCAAUGAAAAAAGUCUUUAACUGACAACUGCGGCAAAAGUUUUAAUUUAUCCAUAUCGCGCCUAAAAGUAUGCAAUAAAAAAUUUCAAUUCAAGACAGUACUAGGAAUAUGGGUUUGUGAACACGAACUAUAAAAAGAAAACAUUGUGUUUAGAAACAUUUUAAACUGAAUUUUAUCCACGGAAAAGCAGUACUAGUUGCAUACAUUUAAGCGUCGAGAGUAUAAUUAAAAUUCUUGAAAUAAUUCAGUUGUUUUAAGAAACUUCGCCGCAUCGAAACAGUAUUUAUCAAAGAAACUUGCAUUAUCUUGCACAUGCAAAUAAAAUGGCAGCACAUAUCCCCUUUAGAACAGAAAAAGUAAAGCGUACAGAGAAGAGAGUAAGAAGAGAGACAGUGAAGUAAAAGUGCAGUGAAAAUGGAAAUGUAAAGGAAAAAUAUCAGCAAUAAAGGCGAAACAACCAUAUCAGAAUUAAAUAAAAGUAUAUUUGUAAAGAACGGCAUAUUUUGGGUUUUUAGGCAGCAGGCAAUAAAAUAACAUGGAAAAUAACAGUAUGGAAGAAAAUCGAACAUUUUAGAAAGGUAUAGGGUCAAAAGUGAUAAGAAAACAUAAAUUGGUAUUCAAAUUAAUGCAGAAAACGUACAGACAGCGCAACAGUAUGAGGUAGACAAGACAAAUAACGGUUAAUGGUAUUGAUACAAAGGAAAUGUAAGAAUUACAAAAACAAUAAGAAAAGAACACGCUCAUACAAAAUGGCUAAACAACAACAACAAUUUAAAAACUCUGUGUGAAUAUCUACUAAAAAAAUCAACGAAUUUUUCAAAAACUGUAUGAAAACUUUUUUUUUGUAUUUUUAACAGCAAAAUUAGUUAAUCAACAAUUUCAACAUGAAAAACAUACUUCAUUUAAAGCACUGACUCUACUGAUACGCGCGCAAGUAUGUGUGUGUGAGGGUGUGUGCGUGUGUAUGAACUAAGCGGCUGCAUAAACGUUGCAUCUACGAUAAGCAGUGAAAGCUUUUUCAGAGCUUUUUAAGAUCAGAUCAGUGAAAGCACGCGGGGAAGCUUAAAAAGUUUAUUGCUCAGAAGUGAAUUAACUCGAUUGUGCAUUUGAAAAUAACACUGUUCGCGUUUGUGCGAGCUUUUUAAAAAUAUAGGUCAACAAAAAGUGAAAGCUCGCAAAGCUGCAAGUGAGCAAUAAAGCUAACUACCUCGAGCGGAAAAACUAACAUAACUGAGAGUCAUAAAAAACACAUAUUUUACUAUGAAAGCUUAACCAGUUGGGUCUUGGGUGUAAAAGCUUAACUUUCGCUUAAAAAUAUUUGCAUAUUUAUUUAAGAAAACUUGAGUCAGCUUAAGUAAGAGAGAAACACAUGAAAUCCCCCAUAAAGCUCAUGAAAGCUCUUGUGCGAAACUUAAAAGCACACGAUAGCAAAACUGGUAAACACCAUACACACGUAUGUACUUAUAAUUCCACGAUUAUACAAAUUUUUGCUAAUCAAACAAAUUUCAGUAUGAAGUAACCUAAAAUCAAGCAUAAAAUAAUAAAAGCUUUGGGUUGGCAAGUGGUUUAAAAUAUAAAAUAUAAAAAAACAAUAAUUUUGGCGACAAAAAACUGGCAGUGCAAAAAUGCAUAAGAAAUUUUAUUCCAUAAGUAUUAGUACAAUCGGGCUUUUGCGCCUAAAUGUUGAUAUCAAGCUUUUCAAAUAGCACUUAAAAAGCUAAAAGCUUUUGCAGUUUUGGUACUUUUGGGUGGCGCGCGUGAAGUUGUUUAUUUUUUUCGAAUUUGUUAUAAACAAUUUAUAAAUAAAAAAAAUAUUUUAUUAAUAUAAAAAUUAACUAAAUUUGUAAAAAAUAAUUUUAUAUUUAAGCUUUAUUGUACUUAUUAAAAAUACUUUAACACAGCACUGAGAUGUAGUUGAUAUGAUAGAAAAGCAAAGUUUUUCUAUGAAAACAGUAGACAAGCAUCUCAUUCAAUAUGAUUUAAUAACUACAAUAAAAAAUCAAAAAAAAAAAUAUAUUAAAAUUAUUUUUAUUUACAUAAAUCGUUUGUAAAAAGGCAAUAGUAAAGAAUAUUGUAAGCAGAUAAUAAUAAUAAUAUCACUUUUCAUAAAAUAUUAUUUAAAGAAAAACAUAUUAAAAUAAUAUAUAUGUACUUUAGUAAAAAGGCAAACAUUAAGCAACGACAUCUGAAGCUCCUAAAACUAGCGAAAUAAUUAUAAACUAAAUAUUAA